GCCCAGCGGAGCUUCCCGAACCGCCCACCGGAGAUCUUGUACUUAAAGUUCACCGGUCACUUGGUCCGGGCACCACUCGUGUUCCCGAGUACUGAGACUCCCAUCCGGGUCGAUAAUGUCCUACUCCGCGUUUUCGAACCAAAGCUACGGGGCAGCCGGGCGCAAGUCCGGCUCCGUGAUCCUGGGCGGCUCGUCCCGCACGGUGAGGAGCAGCGUGGCGGGCGGCUCGGUCAGACCCCGACGCGCCACCAGCGUCCACAACGCCUCGACCCGGCACAGCCGCAUCUCCUCCUCCGGCUAUGGCGGCGGCUACAGCGGGGGGUUCUACUCCGGCGGCUACGGCGGCCACGGCUCGGCUAUGCUGGAGCCGUUCGCCAUCAACGAGAAGCUGACUAUGCAGAACCUGAACGACCGCCUGGCCGGUUACCUGGCGAACGUGCGCGCCCUGGAAAAGUCCAACAGCCAGCUGGAGCUCCAGAUCCGGGAGUACUACGAGAAGAGGUCUCCCGCCGGCACCAAAGACCUGGGCGCCUACUGGAAGACCAUUCAGGACCUCCGAGCCCAGAUCAACGCCGCCUCGCUGGCCAACGCCAAGGUCCUACUGCAGAUCGACAACGCAAAACUGGCCGCAGACGAUUUCAGAACCAAGUACGACUCGGAGCUGGUCAUCAGGCGCGGGGUGGAGAUGGACAUCAGCGGGCUGCGCAAAGUCCUCGAUGAGCUGACGGUCACCCGGUCCGACCUGGAGUCCCAGAUCGAAGCGAUGAAGGAGGAGCAGAUGUACCUCAAGAAGAACCAUGAGGAGGAGCUGAAAUCUCUGCGCAGUCAGCUGCGCGGCAACGUGACGGUGGACGUGGACGCCGCCCCGGGGACGGAUCUGACCAAGGUCCUGGACGAAAUGAGGGAGAAGUACGAAAUCAUGGCGGCCAAGAACCAGAAGGAGGCAGAGGCCUGGUACAAGGAGCAGUCAGCCACCCUCCAGCAGACCAUGACGACCAGCACCCAGAUUGUGGGCACCGAGAAGGAGCAGCUGACCGAGAACAGGCGGAAGCUGCAGGCGGUGGAGAUCGAGCUCCAGACGCUGCUGAGCGUGAAAUCGUCCUUGGAAGACACCCUGCAGGGCAUCGGAGAUCGCUACGCUGAGCAGCUCUAUCACCUCCAGGACCUGCUGGAGCAGCGGGAGGCCGACCUGGCCCAGAUCCGGGCCGACUCGCGGAGGCAGUGCCAAGAGUACGCACAGCUGCUGGACAUCAAAACCCGGCUGGAGAUGGAGAUCGCCACGUACCGUCGCCUGCUGGAAGGAGAGGACAUCAGCUACUCUACUGAGAUCAGAACCAUAGAGACCAUUAAAGAACCGGAGGUGAUUACCAAAAAGAAGGUCGUUACCAUCACCCAAACACUUGUUGACGGGCAGAUCGUUGAGUCUCAUCAGGAGGUCAAUGCGGCGGCUGCGGAUCCUCGCAGUGCCCUUGGCUUGAAGCAGGCGAAGCCGGGGGGCGGGGUGGGAGACCAGAGGUUGCCCGCAGAGGAGGAGGAGGAUAAGGAGGAGGCGUUCCCUGUCCCAACACUGGUCAGUACCGCCUCAUGCGCCCGCCGUCCCCGUCUCCUGGUGCGCCGCCGCUGCUGCUGCCCGGCGCUAACGCCGGAGGAGGAUGGGAGAGGAGACGCGGCGGCGAUGGAGUUGUCCCGGCUCCUCGCCGACAUCCAGAAGCACUACGAGCGCAUCGUACUUAGGAGCCGACACCUCAUGGACGGCUACUGCCCUCAGGCUCCGGAGGGCGGAGAGGCGGAACUGAGCGACGGCGGAGACGGAGAUUGCUUGCAGUCGGCCAGGGCCGAGCUGACGGAUGCCCGGCGUCAGUGGCAGAGCCUCCAGCUGGAGACGGAGUCUCUGCGGGCGUUGCGGAAGGGUUUGGAGCGCUCGCUCCGCGCGACUGAGCAGAGGCACGAGCGGCGGGUGAGGGACCUGGCGGGCGUCGUCGAGGAGCUGGAGGGCGAGCUGAGGGAGGUCAGGACGGACAUCAGGCGCCAGGUCUGGAAGCACGAGUUGCUGCUCAACACCAAGAUGAGGCUGGAGGGGGAAAUAGCGAGGUACCGCGGCCUCCUCGACGGAGAGGAGGGAAGUCUCGCCAGCUCAGGCGCCGUCGGCUCACAGUCAUCGCACACCUGGUUACGUCAGAAGACAGUGACUCUCCCUUCAGCUGUCGUGAUGGAGGCUUCCCUGGAGCAGAGGAUUGAGACGGUGGCGACGCAGGAGAUCCCCAGUCACGACGCGGAAUCCGAGAGCGCAAAGGCUCCCGGCAAAAUUCAGACGGAGAAGAUGGACGAGCUGAUCAAAGGGUGGGAGUGCUCCUUCUUCAAAGACAACCCCCACCUCCGCAAGAAAUCGGCCUCGCUCCGCUUCGACCUGCACCUGGCAGCGGCCGACGAAGGGACCUCCCCCGGCAAGCGGGGCGCCCUCCCCGACAUCGAGCUGCGGCUGGUGAUGCGCAAGUCCAGCAGCAUUCCCUCCCUGAAGUCGUAAGGCAAGCUGCCCGCGGCCGUGCUCGCCCCGCCAGAGGACUGACGCGGCGUCCUUCCCGGUGUCCAACGGGCGCCUGCGCCCCUCUCUCCCUCUCUCUCGAUAUUUAUCGCAUUUCUCCAUAAACCAAGGUGCAUGCAAAGACGGACGGCCUGGGGCAAGUGAAUUCAGAAAAUGGAGGUGGCCAGGGUCCGGGCGCCAAGGGCUUGGGUGGGCACUGACACGCAGGAUGAGCUGCUGCCCCUGCCCCCCAAGUGGAAUAGGCCGCCGGUGGGACUUAACGUGCUCGGGACUGUGGCCGGGAACCCUAACUGACCGCGGUGAGCGCCUUCUGAGGAGAUAAAGGGAAAGAAACUGUUAAAAGUAUCUAAUCAGCAGAUUCAAUGCAAGGCCUCAGAGAGCUUCAGAUCUAUACUCCGCAUAACGGCGACCAGUACUGAAUAUAACCUCCUCCUCCUCUCCCUUCCCUCUUCCGUUCUAAAUACGGGCCUCUUACCUCGUCACCUCACCUGCCCCUCACCUCCCCCUGGUGCCCUGCCUUCCCUUUCUCCCACGGUCCACUCCCCUCCUAUCAGAUUCCUUCCUCUCCAGCCCUCUACCUUUCCCACCCCCCUGGCUUCACCUUCCAGCUAGUCCUCCUUCCCCUCCUUCCCAGCUUUUUUAAUCCAGUGUCUUCCCUCUUCUCGUCUCCUCCCCCAGCGUCCCUCCUCCUUCCCUUUCUCCCACGGUCCACUCUCCUCUCCUGUCAGAUUCCUUCUUCUCCAACUCUUUACCUCUUCCACCCAUCACCAACCAGUUCCUCACUUCAAAUUCCACCCCCCCCAGCUUCCCUACCCACCUGGCUUCACCUAUCAGCUUCUAGCCUGUCGUCCUCCCCCCACUGUUUUAUUCUGGCAUCUAUCUUCCCCCCUUCCUGUCCAAUCCUGACGAAAGGUCUCAGCCUGAAAUGUCAAUUCCUCGUUCCUGUCAAUAGAUGAUUUCCAUCGAUGUGUGUAAACUAGAUUAUGUGUUUAUAUUUAUUGUGUUUUUAUUAUUAUUAUUGUGUUCUUUAUCUUACUAUGUUUGUUUGGGUUUUGCUUUGUGCUGCGUCAGAGCCAAAGUAACAAUUAUUUAGUUCUUCUUGACACAAAGAUGACAUUAAAUGAUCUUGAUUCCUGCCUGACCUGCUGAGUUCCUCCAGCAUUGUCCCUGUGUGUGUGUGUGUGUGUGUGUGUGUGUGUGUGUGUGCGUGCGCGCACCUGUCUGUCCCUGCGUGUGUGUCUGAGUAUGUCUGUGUCUCUGUGUCUAUAUGUGUCUCUGUGUCUGAGUGUGUGUGUGUGUGUCUGUGUCUGUCUGUACCUGUGUCUGUGUGUGUGUCUCAGUCUGUGUAUCUGUGUGUGUGUCUGUGUGUGUCAGUGUGUGUGUGUGUGAGUGUCUCAAUUUCUGUGUGUGUGUGUAUGUCUCGGUCUGUGUGUGCCUUUGUGUGUGUGUGUCUCUGUGUGGGUCUGUGUGUGUGUGUCUGUGUGUGUCUGUCUGUCCCUGUGUGUUUGAGUAUGUCUGUGUCUCUGAGUCUGUGUGUCUGUGUGUCUUUGUGUGUGUGUCUCUGUGUGUGUCUGUGUGUGUGUGUCUCAGUCUGUGUAUCUGUGUCUCUGUGUGUGAGUGUCUCAGUCUGUGUGUGUCUGUGUGUGUGUGUAUCUGUGCGUGUCAGUGUGUGUCUGAGUGUCUCGGUCUGUGGGUGUGUGUGUGUGUCUGUCUGUCCCUCUGUGUGUGUCUGUCUGUCCCUGUGUGUCUGAGUAUGUCUGUGUCUCUGAGUCUGUGUGUCUGUGUGUGUGUGUCUGUGUGUGUGUGUCUGAGUGUGUGUGUCUGUGUGUGUGUCUCAGUCUGUGUGUGUGUCUCAGUCUGAGUGUGUGUGUCUGAGUGUGUGUGUGUCUGUGUGUCUUUGUGUGUGUGUCUCUGUGUGUGUCUGAGUGUGUGUGUCUUUGUGUGUGUGUGUCUGUGUGUGUGUGUGUGUGUCUGUGUGUGUCUGUGUGUGUGUCUGUGUGUCUGUGUGUCUUUGUGUGUGUGUCUCUGUGUGUGUCUGAGUGUGUGUGUCUUUGUGUGUGUGUGUGUCUGUGUGUGUGUGUGUCUGUGUGUGUGUGGGUCUGUGUGUCUGUGUGUGUGUGUCUCUGUGUGGGUCUGUGUGUCUGUGUGUGUGUGUGUCUGUGUGUGUGUGUCUCAGUCUGUGUAUCUGUGUCUCUGUGUGUGAGUGUCUCAGUCUGUGUGUGUCUGUGUGUGUGUGUAUCUGUGCGUGUCAGUGUGUGUGUGAGUGUCUCGGUCUGUGGGUGUGUGUGUCUGUCUGUCUGUCCCUCUGUGUGUGUCUGUCUGUCCCUGUGUGUCUGAGUAUGUCUGUGUCUCUGAGUCUGUGUGACUGUGUGUGUGUGUCUGUGUGUGUGUGUCUGUGUGUCUCAGUCUGAGUGUGUGUGUCUGUGUGUGUGUCUGUGUGUCUUUGUGUGUGUGUCUCUGUGUGUGUCUGAGUGUGUGUGUCUGUGUGUGUGUCUCAGUCUGUGUGUGUGUCUCAGUCUGUGUGUGUCUGAGUGUGUGUGUCUGAGUGUGUGUGUCUGUGUGUGUGUGUGUGUCUGUGUGUGUGUGUGUCUGUGUGUCUGAGUGUGUGUGUGUCUGUGUGUGUGUGUGUCUGUGUGUCUGAGUGUGUGUGUCUUUGUGUGUGUGUGUCUGUGUGUGUGUGUGUCUGUGUGUGUGUGUCUGUGUGUCUCAGUCUGUGUGUGUGUGUGUCUGUGUGUGUGUCUGUGUCUUUGUGUGUGUGUCUCUGUGUGUGUCUGUGUGUGUGUGUCUGAGUGUGUCUGUGUGUGUGUCUCAGUCUGUGUGUGUCUGAGUGUGUGUGUCUGUGUGUGUCUGUGUCUGUGUGUGUGUGUGUCUGUGUGUCUGUGUGUCUGAGUGUGUCUUUGUGUGUGUCUGUCUGUCUGUCUGUCUGUGUGUGUCUGUGUGUGUGUGUGUGUCUGUGUGUCUUUGUGUGUGUGUCUCUGUGUGUGUCUGAGUGUGUGUGUGUGUGUCUGUCUGUGUGUGUGUGUCUGUGUGUGUGUGGGUCUGUGUGUCUGUGUGUGUGUGUCUCUGUGUGGGUCUGUGUGUGUGUGUCUGUGUGUGUGUGUCUCAGUCUGUGUGUGUGUGUCUGUGUGUGUGUGUCUCUGUGUGGGUCUGUGUGUGUGUGUGUGUGUGUGUGUGUGUGUGUGUGUGUGUGUGUGUGUGUGUGUGUGUGUGUGUCUGUGUGUGUGGGUCUGUGAGUGUGUGUCUGUGUGUGUGUGUCUGAGUGUGUGUGUGUGUGUCCUCUCCCUGCAUGACACUGGGUCCUCGUUGACGCUGGAGCCCAGAUCUGGCGCUCAGCGGGGGAAACACUGGGCUGUGAUUAUGGGGGACCCCUCGCCCCUCUCCUCAUCCCUGGCCCUGAAGGCAUUUCGGCCAAGAGUUACAGCCCCGUGGGAUGACACCAUUCAGCUACACCCCGACCUGAUCUGUGCCCUGACUCCCCUGACACACCUUGUAGUUCAAACAGACCGUGUAGGUCCAGGACCAAGACCAUAUUCUGUCUGCAACCUGAUGGCAUGAACAUCAAUUUCUCCUUCCAGGAUUUUUUCCUCCCUCCCCGCUUCCCUCCUGUUCUGUUGCCCACUCUGGCCUCUUGCCUCUUCUCCUCACCUGCUUAUCGCCUCCCCUAGGUGCCCCUCCUCACUCUCCUCUCCCAUCAGAUUCCUUCCUCUCCAGCCCUUUACCUUUCCCACCCACCCGGCUUCACCCAUCACCUGCUAUCUAGUCCUCCUUUCCAUUCCCCCCACCUCACCCCCCCAUCAUUUUAUUCUGGCAUCUUCCCUCCUGACCUGUCUCCCACCACCCCCUGGGAUGACUCCUGCCCUUUCUCCCAUAGUCCAAUCAGAUUCUUCCUUCUACAGCCAUUUACUUCUUCCACCUAUCACCUCCCAGCUUCCUACUUCAACACUCCUCCCCCAACCACUUGGCCUGACCUAUCACUUUCUAGUUUGCCCUCCUCCCAUCCCCCACACCCCAGCCGCCCACCCCAACUUCUUAUCCUGGCAUCUGCCCCCUUCCUUUCCAGUCGUGACGAAGGCUCCCGGCCCGAAACGUGGACUGUUUAAUUCAUUUCCACAGAUGCUGCAUGGCCUGCUGAGUUCCUCCAUCAUUUUGCUGUGUGCUGCAUCUGCAGAACCCUUUGUCACUAUGAAGUUACCACCGAACUUUCGCCGAACGUCGGCAGUCAUUGUUCCCGCCAAGCUGCCGCGCAAUGACCGAAAUGCCCCUGCGCACAUAGCCUUCGUUGCCGCGCAGCUGCAACUUCCUUUUAUACAAAGUUAACGUCACCUUAAAAUUAACUGUGAAAUAAUGUGACUUCGUUUGGCUUCCGUUCUAAAUAGUCACAGUGCACAUAUUCCGGGGAAAAAAAACAUUUUGAAAGUGCCGCACGGUUUCUUACGCUGUUCAAAGGCUGGAUUCUCUGCUGUAGGACGUGCGAGCCUGUGACAGACAGCAAGACAAAUGCAGAGCCAAAUCAGCGCCCGGGGGGGUUGGACCCAACAUGAACAUCAAACAGUUCAGCACAGGGAACAGGUCCUUCGGCUCACAGUGUGGUGCCCAACUAAACUAUGGGCAACUCAACUAAUCCCUUCCGCCUGCACAGUGUCUCUACCCUUCCAUUUCGUCACACUCAUGUGCCUUUCUAAACAUCCCUCAAAAGUCUGCUAAAGCUUCUGCCUCUACCAGCUCCCCAGGCAGCACAUUCUAGACAUCCACUACUCUCUGUGUUUAAUUUUUUGAAAAACUUGCCCCCCCCACCCCGCAUCACCUUCAGAAUUACCCCCUCUCACCUUCAGUGCAUGCCCUAUGGCGUUAGUCAUUUCAACCCUGGGGAAACAGAUACUGUCUGCCCACUCUGUCUACGCCUCUCAUCAUCUUGUCAACCUCUAUUAGAUCUCCUCUCGGUCUCCGACCCUCCAGAGAAGACAA